UGGUUUAUUUGCAAUUAUAGAUCUGAGUUGGGAGCUCAGAGGGUUCUCCAGGUGGAUCUGAAAAUGGAGAGCUUCCCACAGCCGACAGGCAGCCGCUGGAUGGCCUGGCAAGUGGAGUACCCGGCCAGCCGCGCCAUCACAAAAGAGGUCGAGACAGAGAUUCGCCUGGCGCAGGAGGAACUGGCAGGCAUUGUGCCUCUGGCCAUGGACACUGAGAUCCUGAACACUGCUGUCCUGACCGGGAAGACGGUAGCCGUUCCAGUAAAGGUGGUGACCAUCGGAACGGAUGCCUCUGUCACCGACGUCUCUGAAACGGUGACAUGCCGCUCGACGGAUGAAGACGUAGUGAAGGUCUCCGACAGGUGCGACUACGUUUUUGUGAAUGGCAAGGAGAUGAAGGGCAAGGUGAAGAUGAUGGUGAAUUUCACUUAUGGAUACCUCAGCGCUCAGCUAGAGCUCUGCGUGUGGAUCCCUCGCCUCCCGCUCCAGAUUGAAGUGUCGGACACGGAGCUGAGCCAGAUCAAAGGCUGGAGGGUGCCCACCGCCGCAACGGGUCAGAGAGCCGCAUGGGACAUCGAGGACGAGGACGACGAGGACCGGCGGGGACGGGGCUGCACUCUGCAGUACCAACACGCCAUGGUCAAAGUCCUGACCCACUUUGUUGCCGAGCCAAGCGAGGCGCGAGGUCAGACCGCCUUCAUGCUGGGCUCCGACUGGCAGGUGGACAUCACAGAGCUGGUAGGGGACUUCCUGAAGGUAGAAGACCCCCAUAUAGCAAAGCUGCUUGACAGAAGGAUCCUGGCUGGACAAGACCCAGGAAUGACCACUAUCCAGGUCUUGUCCCCACUGUCCGACUCAAUCCUGGCGGAGAAAACUGUCACGGUGGUGGACGACAAAGUGACCAUCGCAGAACUGGGGGUCCAGCUGGUGACGGGACUGUCGAUGGGCCUGCAGUUGAGUCCAGGAAGCAACAGGGCCAUCCUGGCUACGACCAGCACACAGGAAGUCCUGCAGAACCCCAAACAGGAGGCCUUGAUCAGCGCCUGGCUCCAGUUCAGUGACGGCUCUCUGGCUCCGCUGGAUCUCUACAACACAGAUUUCUUUGUGCUGACGGCCAUGUCUCUGAACGAGAGGGUGGUGACGGUGCAGCAGGACCCCUCGUGGAAGUGGCCCAUCAUCGUGACGGAGGCGGAGGGUCAGGGCUUGUUCAUCAGGGUGGAAAUGACUGUCAACGAAGCUUGCCAGAAGUUCAAGCGCCGCAGCGUCCUGGCCGCGGGGAACUGUAACGUCAGGGUGGCGUUUGGUCCCGGCGAAGGCUCGAGGGGAGGCAGCAACGACUACGGCCCGGACGGAGACGACGUGGAGAACAGAGGCAGGCUCUCAUCACAGGACAGGACCGGCCUGGACACCCACUACUAUGGCAGCUCCAUCUCCGACAUAGAAGACGCGGGGUCGAGGAGAACGACCACGACCAGGAGUGUUAUCAUUCGCAGGCCUAAGCUCUCAGACGACGGAGGCCGAAACAUGCCGAUUGACUUUGCAGACUUCCCCGCCCAGGUGGAUCUGCCUCACGGCCGCAACACCGACGACGACCUCAUGCACGGCGGUCGCGGACUCACCGACCUGGAGAUUGGCAUGUACGCCUUGCUCGGCGUCUUCUGCCUGGCCAUACUGGUCUUUCUCAUCAACUGCAUUUCGUACACCCUUAAAUACCGCCACAAGGAGCUCUCCAUCGAGGGCCAGGAGAACCUGAACCACGCCCACGACUGGGUGUGGCUGGGGAACGAGGCGGAGCUGCUGGAGAGUCAGAUCAGCCUGUCGCCGCAGCAGGAGGAGCAGACCUCCAUGAUAGACUCCAGCAGCGGCCUGGAGGAGGGCAGCCACCUGCUGAACGGCGGCUCCGUGCAGAAGAACGUGCAGGGACAGGUGCACCGCGCCGCGGACACGGCGAAGGACGUCAAAGGAGACUCUCCCACCACCAAGAGGAAAAGAGUGAAGUUCACCACGUUCACCACUCUUUCUUCGGACAAUAGCCACCCGGCUGUCAGCACGCUCACGGGAAGCCACAGCCAGGACAUUAAGUGGGUGUGCCAGGACGUGCAGCUGGGAGACUCCAAGGAGUUGCGCAACUACAUGGAAAGAGGAGAGUGGGUCUCAACAGAUCCGUGUCUGGGGAAAGAGGAGGAGGAGGAGGACGUUUGGACACAGAAUCACCUCAAACUGCCAAAGGAUCUUCAGAUUUAAGAGGACGGCCGUGAAUCCACUCAUUAAAAAAACAAAACAAAACAUACACACACAUACACACACAAACAAGGCAAUCAGGUGGAUCCUUUUCCUUUUAGUUCAUUAGAUGAUGAUCUUUUUAUUGUUGUUUUGUUAAUACAGGGAUUAGAAUCCAGGAACCCAGGACGGAUGCUGACAUUCAAGUGGCUAUUAAACGGUUUUUAAACGAACUCUCUACAACAGCUGGAUAGACUUUCGGAACGUGUGUGCACAUCAAAUCAUUUUGGAGGUUUUGUAUCGCUUUGGAUACUCAUUUCAUAAGACACACAGCCCCCCCCCCGCCCGUUCGAUGGAAGAGUUCUGGAUGAAAACGGGCCAAGAUGAGCUUCUGCAUGUUGUUGGUACCAAGAAAAAAAAAAGGCACAAAUUUCCAAUUCUUUCUUAUCCUUCUUUAGCAAGGCAGAAAACCUGUUAUGUACAAACCGAACAUUCUCCAAAUCAUUGUAUUGUUGCUCUGUAUAUUGUAUUUUCAUAACAAUUAAGGAAUACACAAUAAUGUCCA